AUCUUUCAUAGCCACCAUCUUAUAGUUCUCUCUCUCUCUCUCUCCACCGAAGAAGAAACAAUGGAUGGUAACAGCAGCUGCAUAGACGAGCUCAGCUCAACAAGCGACUCCAUUUCCGUUCCACUGCCGUCGAAACCCUCACCGCUGAGCCUCUGCCGUCUUGGCAGUGGCGCGAGCGUGUUAGUGGACUGCGAAGGUGUCAUUGAAGCCAAGUCAAGGAAGCUGCCCUCGUCCAAGUACAAGGGCGUCGUCCCUCAGCCCAACGGCCGCUGGGGCGCGCAAAUCUACGAGAAGCACCGGAGGGUGUGGCUCGGCACCUAUAACAAGGUGGACGAGGCCGCAAUGGCCUACGACGUCGCCGUCAAGCGCUUCCGCGGCCGAGAUGCCGUCACUAACUUCAAGCUGAGGUCUGACACUGAAGACUGCGAUCGCGAAGCCGCUUUUCUGAAUUCCCAAUCCAAGGCGGAGAUCGUCGACAUGCUGAGGAAGCACUCGUACUAUGCUGAGCUCGAGCAGAGCAAGAGAAAGCACUUCAGCGGCAGUGGCACAAGCGUCAGUGCGAUGGAAGUCCUUGGAGAUCCGUCCAGGCCGGAUCGGGCUGCGAUGGCCUGUCAUCUCCUUUUCCAGAAGGAGGUCACGCAGAGUGACGUAGGGAAGCUGAACCGGUUCGUGAUUCCGAAGCAACACGCGGAGAAGCACUUCCCCCUGCGCCACCGCACGAGCCCUGCGACUUCAAAGGGCGUUUUGCUGAAUUUCAUAGACAGUGGAGGCAAAGUGUGGAGAUUCAGGUACUCGUAUUGGAACAGCAGCCACAGCUACGUGCUCACGCGGGGUUGGACCCGGUUUGUCAAGGAGAAGAGCUUGAGGGCUGGAGAUAUCGUCAGCUUCCACCGGUCGGCCGGGCCAGAGAAGCAGCUUCAUAUCAAGUGCAUGAGGAGGAGCUGGCUGGGCCGACACGGGCCCGUCCAUCCGGUCAAGAUGGUGAGGUUAUUCGGGGUCAACAUCUUCACCGUGUCGACAGCGGACGGCGGCGGCUACAGAGGUGAUGGUUGACGGAAAGAGAAAGAUCGAGGUGGUGUUGUUGUCAUUAGAAGCAGGUGGUGAUCGGAGCCUUGUGACGGUUUGGGCCUGUUACUUUUUUAUUUUUUAGGGUUCGUUUGUUAAAUCUGCGAUGUUGGUUGAUUCGGAAGAUGGAAGAAAGAGGGGGGUGGGACUCGGGAGAAGGCAGAUA